GGCCUCAACAAACCGAAGGAUUCCAAAACCAUUUGCCCCACGCGCGCGCGCGCACACACACGGCACGUAUCACUCAAACCCCCCACUUCGUCCUUUUCUUUCUUAAUCUUUGAUUUCAUGGCUUCGGUUGGAUAUGUAGAUUUUAAUUGAAUUCUUACGGUUUGUUCCGCGGGUUGUUGCGUUCCAUCAUUGAUUUACAGAUAGACAAACGCCAUUCCCAUUCGGUUCCUCUGUCGUUUUCACAAAGACACAUCAUCCAUCGAUCGCCCCCAUUUGUUUCACCAUUGAUUCUCUUCAUUUGGUCCUCCAGAUUUUGAUGCGUGGGUUGCUCCUUCAACACGUGGGACAUUCAUGAAUAUUCACGCUCGUGAUCUAUGACUGCAUUAGUUUUCUAUUUUCUGCCGCGUAUGUGCUUGACAAGAUAUGAUUCUGCUGACACGAAAUUUCUUGAUUGUUUUCUGAUGAUGGGUUGGAUGCUUUAAGAAUGAUUGAGGAAUAGAUGUGAGGAAAAUGAAAAGUGGAAGAAAGUAGUAGAAGGUACAGAAGAGGGUAAAUAAGUUCUGGUGAUCAAACAUAUCCAGGAAGGAGUACGCCACAAUGGCAACGUCAAGAAAAACAGUUUUGGCAAUCAAGUCUUACCAAAAUCAGGCUCAGGUGCUGGUUAAAAACUACUUAUUAGCAGAUCGCUUUAUCCCAUACACUUCCAUCCUCGGAGGCAUGUUUUUGUGCAAAGUGGCCUAUGAUCUUACCCAAUUAAUCAGCACCUUUUAUUUUAAGAGUUAUAAUGGUCUUACAAAAAUCCAACGAAUUGAGUGGAAUAAUCGCGGUAUUUCCACCCUUCAUGCCAUUUUUAUCACAGUUGUGUCCUUGUACUUCGUGUUCUGGUCAGAUCUCUUUUCUGACCAACAGCUUUCUGGCAUUGUUACAUUUCGAAGCUCGCCUCUGUCAGUUUUUGCAUUGGGGAUCUUGGUGGUUUUGUACUUCCAGAACGCUUUCCAGAGUGGUUUCUUCCAUUGUCAUUCGCAGGGGGUGGGGUGUCAACAUCAACAAGCUCUUCAUCAGCAUCCAAAUCCACGUGGACACCACCGUUUAGUAGCGCUUCAUCUAGAUGUCUCUCCUCCUCAGAGUUGGGUCUCUGUUGGAUACUUUCUUGCAGAUCUUGGAAUGAUUUUUUGGCUCUAUCCUUCUCUAGGUGGAAUGGAGUAUGUUAUCCAUCACUCUCUUUCUGGAGUUGCAGUGGCAUAUUCUAUGUUUUCUGGAGAAGGGCAACUUUAUACAUUCAUGAUCCUCAUCUCUGAGGUUACUACUCCAGAGGUCAAUAUGAGAUGGUAUCUUGAUACAGCUGGUAUGAAGAGGUCCUGUGCUUAUCUCAUCAAUGGAGUACUGAUAUUUUUUGCAUGGCUGGCCGCAAGAAUUCUGCUGUUCGUCUACAUGUUUUACCAUGUUUACUUACACUAUGAUCAGGUCAUCCAAAUGCAAACCUUUGGAUAUUUCUUGGUCUUUGUGGUGCCGUCAGCACUAGCUAUUAUGAACUUGAUGUGGUUUGGGAAGAUUAUCAAGGGAUUGAAGAAGACGAUAGCAAAGAGACAGUGAUGAAUAUCAUACAUGUACAAGUUAAUCUAAUUUCUUGGACUUCGCUAGUUCCAUAUUCGUAUGCAUUAUUCUAUUUUCUUCACUGUACAAAUGAUAGAGGUGGGGAAAAGGAGAGAAAAUUGAAGGCAUUCGGACCUUAGCAGUUGAUGGAGAUCAAAUUGUUUAAUAUGAUUCAAGUGGUGUACCCUUCAGUAAUGGAUAUUAAAUAUAUACAAGUUGACCCACCUUCUUCCA